AUUUUUAUCUUUAUUUUACAAUUGAUAUAAAAAUAUCAAAAAGAAAAAAACGGUGAUUGGAUUAAAAAAAGGUUGCCUGAGAAGGAAUCACCAUAACCUUCGAUCAACGAAUCCGGUUAUCUCAACCAACAUUCCGGCAGCCACCAUAGUCGCCGGCUCCGUCCUCCGAUUAAUCGUACGAGUCGAACUGUAGGGAGGCCUCUGAUCGCAAUUCGAUCUCGGAUUAUCAUAAUCUCCGAGUUUUCUCCACAGCUGGUGUGAGAUCUUAAAUAUAUUAAGAAUAUAAGAAAAAGGAACGAGUUUUUUUUUUUUGCAUGUCUCCAUCUAUUUAUUUCUCCGUGGUUGUGAAUUUUGUUGGUGACAAUUACGGAGCUAAAGCGCGUGAACGAACAUGCCGAAAAGUGGGAGUCUAUCGAGGAGUUGUAACAGUCCGUCAGUGAGAGUGUCUUCGUCUCCGUCGCAGUCGCCGUAUCCGCUGUCCCAGCAGUCGUUGAGGCGGCUGAGCUUGUGCUCGCAGAUAGCAUCUCACUCUUCUCCAAUUGUGUUACCAGAGAAACGUACUAAGAAGCUGAAGGCUUCCUCCCGACGUGGUGAAGCUCCUGUCACGGAUGAUCAGCCAGAUAAAUCCAAGCGCGACGAGCACCGGAUCGAUAUUGGAGAAGGGGAUGAAAAAUCUGAUUUGCUUGGCUACGUGGUUUACUCAGGGAAGCUCAUUUUGGACAAGAGAAAGAAUGUCCCCACUAAUGCUAAUCCCGACGAUGUAGAGCAGAAUUCUGCCUCCGAUAUUGCCAACCAAGACGCUGUUGUUGCUAAACUCACUAGCAAGGCCCUGGUCUGGGGUUCUCAUGUCUUGCUUCUUGAUGAUGUUGUCUCGGUAUCCUACAAUGUUGGUGUUAGACAUUUCAUUGUGCAUUCUUAUCCUCUAAAAAAGGGUUCUUAUGGCCUUUCUUGUUUUAUUAAACCAAAGAGGAGUCGGAAGGAUUUUUAUUUCGAGGCUUCUAGUGUAGAAGAGGCAGUUCAAUGGCUUGCUGGGUUUGCAGAUCAGCAGUGUUCCAUCAAUUGUUUGCCUCAGCCUUUAGUUUCUUCAAGGAAGCAAGGUUCUUCUGAACUUUUUCCUAUAGAUACCCCACCUGAACUCUUGUUCAGGUGCAAGAAUCCACCUCAAAUGCUUGUUAUAUUGAAUCCAAGGUCAGGCCAUGGUCGUUCUAGUAAAGUUUUCCAUGGCAUUGCAGAGCCAAUAUUGAAGCUUGCAGGGUUUGAGUUGGAGGUAGUCAAAACAACAUCUGCUGGCCAUGCUAAAAAGUUGGCAUCUACUGUUGAUAUCAGCACAUGCCCUGAUGGAAUUAUAUGCGUUGGUGGUGAUGGUAUUAUCAAUGAGGUUCUAAAUGGUCUGCUUAGUAGAGAUAACCAAAAGGAAGGAAUUUCUAUACCCAUUGGAAUUAUACCAGCAGGUUCUGACAAUUCACUGGUUUGGACUGUUCUUGGAGUUAGAGAUCCAGUCUCUGCUGCAAUUUCUAUUGUGAAGGGAGGUCUUACUGCUACAGAUGUUUUUGCUGUUGAGUGGGUUCAGACCGGUCUUAUUCACUUUGGGAUGACAUGCACCUAUUAUGGUUUUGCCAGUGAUGUGUUGGAACUUUCUGAGAAAUAUCAGAAACGAUUUGGCCCUCUACGGUACUUUGUUGCCGGUUUCCAAAAAUUUCUGUGUUUACCGAAGUACAACUACGAAGUGCAGUACCUUCCAGUAGCAAAAGAGGAUCAAGGCGGUAAAAACUCUGCCGAUCGGGAAGUAGUUGACAUGUCAGACCUAUAUACAGACAUUAUGAGGAGGUCAAACACAGAUGGCAUUCCCAGAGCCUCUAGUUUAUCUAGUAUUGAUUCAAUAAUGACUCCUAGCCGAAUGUCUGGAGGUGAGAUGGACACAUUUGGUACCACCCACGCCAGCACCGAACCAUCUGAAUAUGUGCGAGGCCUUGAUCCCAAGUCUAAACGGCAAUCAUCUGGGAGAAGCAAUUUGACAGCUGAGCCGGAAGUUAUUCAUCCCCAAUUACCACACUCGACUCUAAACUGGCCAAGGACCAGAACAAAAUCAAGGACAGAUAAAGGAUGGAGUGGAUUGACGGCAGCACAUGAUCCUUCCCAAUGUUCUUGGGGUAAUGCAGCAAUAAAUGACAGAGAGGAUAUAUCUUCAACAUUGUCCGAUCCAGGUCCAAUUUGGGAUGCUGAACCAAAAUGGGACACUGAGGCUAAUUGGGAUGUUGAAAAUCCAAUAGAGUUACCAGGGCCAUCGGAUGAUGUUGAAUCCAGAAUAAAUAAGGAAGUUGUCCCUAGAUUCAAAGAUAAAUGGAUUGUAACUAAGGGGCCAUUUCUCGGCAUCCUUGUGUGCAACCAUGCAUGCAGAACUGUGCAGAGUUCCCAGGUAGUGGCUCCAAGAGCUGAACACGAUGACAACACCAUGGAUAUGCUCUUAGUUCAUGGGAGUGGGCGACUGAGGCUGAUGAGAUUUUUCUUGCUGCUACAGAUGGGCAAACACCUUUCACUGCCAUAUGUUGAGUAUGUUAAGGUGAAAUCAGUUAAGAUCAAGGCCAGAAAACACACACAUAACGGUUGUGGCAUCGAUGGCGAGCUUUUUCCCCUCAAGGGACAAGUAGUUUCGUCUUUGCUUCCAGAACAGUGCAGACUAAUCGGUCGCUUCCCAGGCCAUCACAUAUGACAGCCAAAAGAGGUGUUUUUUUUUUUUUUUUCGAUAUUCUUUUCGUCUAUCAUAUCUCAGGAUGCGAGUGCUCUCUUCCAAAACAACUAUAUAUUAAUUUUCAUGUUAACCCCCCUUCAUUUGUGCCAUUACAAACAAUGAGGGUAGCUGUAAAUUCUUUUUGAUAAGAAUACAUACACAAUGUAUUGCUUUUUUGUCCCCUCGUAUUCUUUUUCUUUUGUUUGUUUCUCUGUAUUCUACCUGUAAAUUGAACACGAACCAAAUAUGUCAAGUUCAUUUAUGAAUCAUUUUAAAAUUCGUUUA